AUGCUCAACAUCAAUCUCUCUAAUCCCAUCAUUCAUCAAAGACAAUCAUCCCCUAUCAUUACCAUCACCGUCAUGGCUCCCUUAAGUCAACCUCAAGCAGAGACGUAUCCGAUACUAGUUCUCGGCAUAGCAAUCGCCAUCCUAGGAACACUCCGGUGGUACUCCAACCUGGGCCGAGAUUACGAUCCCGACCACGGUCUCUACGAUGGCCAGACCUUGGGCGGUCCUCAACAACGGCCUCGUGGCCCCAUUCCAGCCUUAUACCACAUGCGCUACCUUGAUCCAGUAGUAGAAGCUCGAAUUCGAUGUAAACGAGAAGCCCGUCGCCAACGCUUUAUCACCAUACUGAUGGAGGGACGUCGCGAGCAUCUCGAGGAGCCUCAUCCGCCUCCUCCACGUGCUAUCAACCUUCUUUUCCCUCACGAGCGACUUGAGUCUGUCGAUGGCGGUUCGGAAACAACUACCCGCCAUAUGCCAUCAGUCAGCUCCGGAGCUCAGCCAGAAUAUGGGGACCCUAAUUUGCCUGACGGCGAGGAGCAACAAGAGCCUAUGCCGGCCCGGGCAGGCACUCCAAUUCCAGGGGGGCACGAGCAGCAGCAGCUUAUACCAGCCCGAGUAGACACUCCGGUUCCUGAGAGACAAGAGGAACAAGAUCCUACACCGGCCCGAGCAGACACUCCAGUUCCUGGUGAAAUAGAGCAACCGGCCCGAGCGGACACCCCAAUUCCUGGAGGACAAGAGCUACAAGAGUCUGUGCCGACCCCACCAUACAUCACGAUUCCCGAGUCUGAGUAUCGUGAUUAUCGUGCUCAGGGCGAGAUAUCGCCCGACAGUCAGCUUUACCUCGAUACUUUCUUGCCUUGGCCGUUUAAGAUUCCUCCGGCAACGUCAGGCGCUAGUGCUUCUCAAAGCGGAGACGAGGCUGGUUCCGAGAACGAGGAAAACGACGAGCAACUAGAGGAGGAGGCGGACAGCGAUACAGUCGUCCCAACUGAUAUCGACAGCUUAAACGAGGAUGCUGAAGUCGCAGUCGAAGAUUUCAACCAUGCCAACGGCGAUGAACGAACACAUGGCGAGCUCAACCCCGAAGCCAACGACGCCAAAUCUGACGAUUCCGACUAUGAGGAUAACGGACCGCGUAGCCACAGAUUAGAUCGUCCACAGGAGGAUCCCCCACUCCCAAGACUAUACUUCGAUUGCCAGGCACCACAGGAAGAGCCACCUCCACCUGCUCAGGAGCCUAGGCCGUUUAGCAUAGCGAACUGGCUUGCAUCAUUAUUUGAUGCUGGCCCUGAUAACGCAUGGUUGAUGCCCAUGUGA